CCGAAACCGACUUCCCCUUCCGCUCGCCUUACCGAAACCCUCGCCUACUUGCCUACCGCCCCACUUCUCCUGGUUUCGCCGAAAAACAUCGCCUCCCUUCCUCUUCCUCUACAGUGGCCGAAACCCUCGCGAUAAAGUUGCUAUUUGUGAUCGAGCCGUAGAAAGACCUCCGAAACUCUCAUCUUUGUCCUCCUCCCACUCCGUUAAUACGCGAAACAAUUGAGAAAGGUUUGUUGAUUCCUUAACUGAUGGAUGCUCAGCCAGAACCUGUAAGCUAUAUUUGUGGAGAUUGUGGAGCUGAGAACACUUUGAAGCCAGGCGAUGUGAUCCAAUGCAGGGAGUGUGGAUAUCGUAUUCUGUACAAGAAACGAACUCGCAGAAUUGUUCAAUAUGAAGCACGCUGAUGGGUAAAGAGAGGUGUCUUGCCUUGGCUUAUGAUGAUGGGAAAUAAUUUGAGACAAAGUUAUCUGGGCAAUAUAGUAUAAUAUUUAGAAGUUUUUAUCUGCAGUAGUGUAAAAUUUGAUUAUCGUUUGAACCACUUUCGAACAUUGCGGAUGACAUUCUUGAAAUACUUGAAAACAAAUUGAUAUUACGUGUGCUA